AUGCCAAAUUCUUGUUCCGAUUCACUGCCAUGUUACAAAGCCUCGGAUUUUGAUCUUCCCACUUAUCAGAAUCUGCCAGUUGUGACAGAUGACGUCGUUUUUUCCAGUAUGUUAAUUAAUGUUUUUUUAAAGAUUUGGUCUCAAAACUAUUUAUACUUCUGCCAAUGAAAGAAAAAUAACUAUAACAUAAUUAAACAUCUACUACAAUAUAUAUAAAAACCGUAUUUUAGACCCAACCUUUAUUAUGAACGAAAUUGAACAAAUUAACUGUAAUGUGAACAGCCGCCUCAACCUCAUCGACGACAUAAGCUUGCCAUCACCUUUACUUUCUGAUACCUUAGCAAUGUCCAACAACAAUAACCUUAUUUUCUCUCCAAAGGAAGACUUUGUUAGCAUAGAUAACGUGGAGCCAAUGUCUCGAGAUCGAUGCAACACAUGGCCCAUGAGAAGACCUACAGAACCGCCUCAAAACUAUUCUCUGCCACAAGAAAAGAUCGAUGAGGAAAUGUAAGACCAAAAACAAAGUCUAAAAUACGGUUUCAGAAGCUCGUCGAACUCCUCGCUGGAGAAAGUGGAUGGAGAUCUCGAUGACUACAUCCCACAGUAAGUUCUGACCUUUAGUUUACAGCUGUUCUAAUAAAGGGCAAAAAGAAUUCAAUGUUUCGAAAAUUCCCUUGCAAAAAAUAAUUUUUGGAAAAAACAAAUGGGCGCAGGCCCAAAAAGUGUUCGCAGCUCGCGAAGUCAGAGAUAUACGAUGAAAAUGCAUUUUACCUAUAAUUAGUCAUUUUUUUUUAUUUUACUUUAUUAAAUGUAAAUCAAAAACAUUUAUUAAGCAUUUUUUUAAUUUUUAUUUACAAUUAUACGUUUAGACAACGUUCACGACGCCAAAGUCUAUACGGCCAAGAAUCGCCAGAAGGCGACCUCGACGACCCGACCGGCAAGAAGUCGAACAGUCGACGAAAUGCCUGGGGAAACAUGUCUUACGCUGAUCUCAUUACUCAAGCCAUUCUCAGUUCGCCCGAAAAACGACUGACAUUGUCUCAAGUCUACGAAUGGAUGGUCCAGAACGUGCCGUACUUCCGCGACAAGGGCGACUCGAACAGUUCGGCCGGCUGGAAGGUAGGUGAACGUAUAAUAGGCGAAAUGGGGUUACAAGUAUUGAACGGCCUUGAGCGCCGCUGA